GUCGAGGAGACACGCGCAGGACCCGGACGCGGCCUGGACACUGCGCCGGGGACCGUGUGGCUGCGGAACACUCGAGACUACGGUGCGAUGGAUCCAGAGUUGCUCCUGGACUCGAGUAUUCGUCUGUGGGUGGUUCUGCCCAUCGUCUUCAUCACCUUCCUGUCCGGCGUGCUCCGUCACCACGCCUCCACCCUCCUGCAGCGCGACAAGGAGGCGGGGCUAGAGGCCAUCUCUGACAGUCAAGUUUUACUACGAAGCCGAAUUCUCAGAGAAAAUGGGAAGUACCUGCCACGACAGUCGUUCAUGAUGAGGAAACAUUACUUCAACAACUCAGAGACCGGAUUCUUCAAAAAGACCAAGAGGAAAGUCAUCCCCAAGAAUCCACUCACAGACAGUGGGAUGGUGUUGGACAUGAUGAAGGGGAACCUCACAAACGUUCUGCCCAUGAUCCUGAUCGGAGGUUGGAUCAACUGGGCCUUCUCCGGGUUCCUCACCACUAAAGUUCCGUUCCCGCUCACCCUGAGGUUCAAGCCCAUGUUACAGAGAGGAGUGGACCUGAUCUCACUGGACGCCUCCUGGGUGAGCUCUGCCUCCUGGUACUUCCUCAAUGUGUUUGGACUCCGCAGGAUGUACGGACUAGUCCUGGGACACGACAACUAUGUGGACCAGACUCAGAUCCUCCAGGAGCAGAUGACGGGCUCGGCCAUGAACAUGCCCCCGGACCCCAACAAGGCCUUCAAGAGCGAGUGGGAGGCGCUGCAGGUGGUGGAACACAAGUGGGCUCUGGAGAACGUCGAGGAGGAACUGAUGGCCCACAACCUGGACCUGAGCUCCCACUGAGGACUACAGGAGGACUACAGGAGGACUACAGGAGGACUACAGGAGGACUACAGGAGGACUACAGGAGGAUUACAAGAGACCUACCUGAGGACUAUUUUAGGACUACCUAAGGACUACAAGAGGACUACCUGAGAGGAUAACGUGAGGACUACAAGAGGACUACAGGUCUACCUGAGGACUACAAGAGGACUACAGGUCUACCUGAGGACUACAAGAGGACUACAGGACUACAAGAGGACUACAAGAGGACUACCUGAGGACUACAAGAGGACUACAGGUCUACCUGAGGACUACAAGAGGACUACAGGUCUACCUGAGGACUACAAGAGGACUAACUGGGGACCUGCCUUAAAACCAAAGAGAUGCAGUAAUAAUUUUAUAUUGUAAAGAAUUUGUUAAACUAUGUGUUUAAUAUUUUGCCAAAGACGUGUUUUAAAAGUGUUUGUUAAAAUGUCAAAUAAAUCCUGAAAAGUUCA